AUGUUGACAAAUCCUAGUGCAGACGCUCCGGGUCCAAGCCCUCCGGCUGCUUUUGGCCCCAACGGCGGGGCGUUCAAUUCUGACAAAGAUGCAGAAUGGAUUGCGCGCCUAUUUGAUCAAUUGGUUCCGCAAUUCCAAGCCGCUGGUGACCGCAUGCAGACUGAUGGUGACGGCACAAACCAACGACCAAUCUGCAGAAAACUCUGA